AUGUCAGCCUUACCUGAUUUCAAGGCUCAAGGCUCGAGUGUCGAGACGUUUUCCAACGCCAUCAACGCAAUCGCCUCUCCUGAGUGGAUCGUGAUCCAAUAUUUUGUUACUAUACACAACUUGGAAAAUGAAGGUCGAGAUCUGUUGAACAAGGAAGCAAACAAACCGAGAGUAAAGGGAGCGAUCUGGAAGCCAAAGUCUGGUAGUACUCUCAAAAACCAGCUAACGGAAGCACUGAAGAAGAACGCGCCUAAGGACUCUUUAUACAGAAGGGCUUGUAUUGAAGGGGACUCUAUAUACCCAGCGCUCAUUAUUGCUCUGAUCUGCAACGCCAGGGAUAAUGGGACAUUGAAGGCAAAGUCAAAGAAGUUGAAGUCGAAGCAAGCCCUCAAAGAGGGGGUUGAAGACGCCGCCGCCGAAGAGGUUGUAGAUGAUAUUAACAGGGAUGAUGGCAAGUCAAUGUCGAAGCUAACCCUUGAAGAAGAGCUCAAACUCUGGCCUACGAUUUUCUUCAAGGUCCUUGUCAAUCGGUUGAUGACAAUAACCGCUCCUUGCAAAAUAGGUAUAUGGAGGGAUUUUCAGGAUGAUGAGAUAAAGGAACGUAAGAUAGGUUUGACAGGACCGCAUUAUCUGAUUUGGAAAGUCACUGACGUGAAGGCAGGAGAAGGUGAAGGCGAGCGUGAAGAUGAGGAAGAAGAUGAGGACGGGUCAAUCCUUAUACUGAAGGACCUCAUCAGAAAGUUGAUGAAAAUCUUCGAGAACGAAAAUGAGUUACACUCACGCAAGCGCCCGCGAAUAGAGUCGCCUCAGCAUAGAAACCCACCAUCAACGAAAAGACAAUCACUGGACCCUGCCCAAAGGUCGAUGGAAGGUUCACAUAUACAACAUAACCCUACCCAACAGGCACAACCACAACCACAACCACAACCACAACCACAACCACAACCACAACCACAACCACAACCGCAACCGCAACCGCAACCACAACCACAACCACAACCAAAACCACAUCCACAUAGCUUACAGCGAGCAGCAAAUCUGAUCAACGAGGAGUUUGUAUUUGAGAAAUUUACUGCGUCGGGUGUAGAAUUUAACAAGUCUCUUCUUAAAUGCCUCGGCGAUAAGAAGUGCCGAGCGCAGAAAGUUGGCCCGUCACCAGAGUCACCAGUACGAGUAGAUCCAUUUGGAACGAAAGAUGGAAUACUUUUGAUAUUCCUAGGACAAACAGCCAAGAAUCUGGCGAAGCGUGCUGUGCCAGUAGCGACCUCCAGACAUCGAGGGUUCCCCUUGCCGUCCACGCAUGUCUACGAUCAUGUACAAGAGUUGAUAGAGCCAGGGGACAGUUUUGAAAUUGUGUAUUGUCAAGGAAUCGCAAUGGUCUGGAUGCCGCCGGAUUACUUUUUAGUGCUGGUGCAGAAAAGUUAUAUAGCCAUAAGGGACGACAUCAAACGAGCACGAGGGGAAAGUGUGCAAACUUGGCAGAAACCACGUUGA